AUGGUGCCAAUGAGGGCUACAACUCUAUAUAUCACUGUUCUAGGUGCACUGUUGUCUUUAUUGGUCGGACAUGUGAAGGUGAGUUGGACAAUGUCUUCAGAACUGGCUCUUGCUGUUUUCUCCUCCACUGAAGCAGGAGCUCUCUUUCUUAUGGCACUCAGCAGGAAUAUCUGGAUGUGCUACGCUGGAUAUCUAAUAUUCAAAUCCUCCUACAUGCUGCUCAUCACCAUAGCUACGUUCAAGGUUGCCGUGAAUCUGAGCAUGGAGCAUUACGCACUACUCUUUGGCAUUAACACCUUGGCAGCUCUGGUGCUUCAGACCCUCCUCACUAUCAUUGUGGUGGAUCCUGUAGGUCUGGGAUUGGACAUUUUCAGUCAGUUUUUGGUGUAUGGGUGCUACUACGCUGUCAUUGCUGGUAUGUUCUUUGUGUGGAACAUCUAUAUAUUCAUCUCAACGUUCUGCAGGAGCCCAAGGAACAGUUUACAUAGUGCAAUCAAGUCUGAGACUCAGCUUUAUGGACUGAACUGAUAACCUCAGCUGGAACCACAAGCUAGUUUUAGGCAAUGUUUGUUUUAAUCAAUGAAUCAAUGGAUCGAUGAAUCUGUACAUUUAUAUACCUGUUAUGGCUUGGCUUCUAGCAAUAAAAAUCACUGAAAUAAAAAUCUUUCUGUAAUAAACUGAUUGGCUGUAACCUUGGAUGUGCAUGUCUUGGGG